CGAGGCUAUUUUAAAUGUAAAGUCUAUGUCUGAAAUGAAUUACUCCUCCAAGUGAAGUGUACAGAACUAAACCAUGGAAAAUGUUACUUCAAAUCCAGAUAACCAGACGCUUGGUCCAUGGACUGAUUAUAGCAUGGAAUACAAAGUGGUCAGCAUAUUUUUUGUGAUCCUCAUCUGUGGGAUAGGAAUAGUUGGAAACGUUAUGGUGAUACUAGUUGUUCUUACAACCAAACACAUGCGGACACCCACCAACUGUUACCUGGUGAGUUUGGCGGUGGCCGACCUGAUGGUUCUGACUGCGGCGGGACUGCCGAAUAUUACAGAGAGUUUGUAUGGAGGAGGCUGGGUGUACGGAUACGUCGGGUGCCUUAGCAUAACUUAUUUCCAGUACUUGGGCAUCAACGCGUCUUCAUGCUCCAUCUCCGCUUUCACCAUUGAGCGGUACAUAGCCAUCUGCCACCCCAUAAAAGCGCAGUUUAUGUGCACUCUGUCAAGAGCAAAGAAAAUCAUAGUGGUCGUUUGGGCUUUUACCUCGCUCUACUGCGCCUUGUGGUUUUAUCUGUCUGACACGAAAGAGUUGAUUUACGACAAUAUUACCUUGGUCUCAUGCGAAUACAAAGUGUCAAGAAAUCUUUACCUGCCAAUCUACUUCACUGACUUUGCCGUGUUCUAUGUGGUGCCUCUCAUGCUAGCCACUGUUCUGUAUGGAUUUAUCGCUAGAAUUCUUUUCCUCAACCCAUUGCCGGCAGACCCCAAGGAAAAUACAAAAAAGUGGAAAAAAGAAUCAUGCCAAGGAAAUAGGAUGAUGAGCACCAACAAUUCAUCCUGUAGCACAACUGCCCGCUCUCGCAGGCAGGUGACUAAGAUGUUAGCUGUGGUGGUGGUACUCUUCGCCCUCCUCUGGAUGCCCUACCGGACGCUGGUGGUGGUAAACUCCUUCCUGGACAAGGCUUACCUGGACCACUGGUUCGUACUCUUCUGCCGCAUCUGCGUCUACCUGAACAGUGCCGUCAACCCGGUCAUCUACAACGCCAUGUCUCAGAAGUUCCGCACCUCCUUCAAGAAGUUGUGUCACUGCGGUCCGCAGCGAUUGGAGAAGCCGGCGUCUUACAGCGCGGCCCUGACCUACAGCGUCAUCAAGGACACAACCAAUGGAGAGAGCCCUGACCACUUUACUACCGAGAUGGACGAGUUGGCCACGCCCACACCCAGUGACCAGUUCCUGCCCAGCACCAAGAGGAUGUCAUUCGAGGACCCCUCUCUGUCAGGCAGGGUUGCCCUUAGCACUCCCUGACAGAAAAAGUAAAUCCAUUCAGGCUCUAGUUUGUGAAUUCUAUUCCAUAAUUCAUUUUCUGCAGAGGAAUUGCUCUAAUAUUUCAGCAGUACAACGGCAAACAUUAAAUACCAAAAAUGUGUUGUUAAUAGAGGAAGGAAUGCUUAAUUUCUUUAUCUAGCAUGGUGAAAAUAUAUUCUCCCCUCUCUGUAGCCAUCUUAGCACAAAGCACCCAAUUUUAGGCAUUGUUUAAAUCAGUCCUAAACAUUGUGUGACACACAGAUUUCAAUUUGCCAGGUAAUACUGCUUUCACUGCUUUCACAUACUGAGCGACAGUUUCCAUCUCUGUAGAGUGGAAAAAAGGGAAAGAUAUUAUCCCUCUUUUUUAUCUGGAGAAGUCUAGGCCAGGUACUCAGUGUGUGUGUGUGUGUGUGUGUGUGUGUGUGUGUGUGUGUUUUUAAAGCUCACUCUACAGGAGGUGUCAAACUGUCUGGCCAUAGUUGUUUGAACCAUCCUGCUACUUUGCAUGUUUGAAAACAGCAUAGAGAGAAUGUGAUCACUGACCACAUUUCAAAGGCAAAAUUCAAAGGAGGCAGAGUAUUAAAUCCAUCUCUGCUCGAGGAGUGUAAAUAUCACACAUUGCUUUGAAACCCGCCUGUCAGGGAAAUAGAGACGAGGUGGGAUGAAAUUUCUUUCAAGGUUACAGAUGAUGAAAAGGACUGAGAGCAAAGCAAUGACACUCCAGGUCUUUCAUCCGUUUGAUUGCUCAAUGUCAUUUGACUUUGUUGUAACCUUAUUGGUUACUAUAAAUCAGGCUCACCUGAUAUGGAACGUUCUGCAGGGGCUAGUGUCAAAAAUGUAUAGUAACCUUAUUGGCUAAAAGGUUCACCUGAUAUAGAAAUUUCCACAGGGGCUAGUGUCAAAAAAAUGCAGCAUGGUUAAACAUCCUGCUGUACCCAUAAUGGACUACUGUGGUGUGGAUUCAAUCAAAAAGGCCCAGAGUCCAUAAUGAGAAAGUUAUUUGAUGACUCAGACACCUGGGUGGUUGAUUGGUUGUCUCUAGGUCAGGGGCCUGACAUGACCAGACCAAACAUUAUGUUGACAUCUGCAAAAGCAGAGACUGAUGGUAGCAUUUCCCCUUAAUGGAUCCCCCCAAGCACAUCCCACAGAGCAGCUAUUCCCAAACUGGGGUACGCGCAAUGCUGUCGGGGGUACGCCAAAUAAAAAGGGGAUUCACAUUAAAUAAAAAAAGAUACAAAAUUCUUCACAUUUUCAAACAGUCCAUUUAUAUUUUACAACAGGGCUAUAUAUUUGGGUGAGGUUUUUUUCUCACCUGAGAAACCUCGUUUCACUGCCAAAAAUUUAAUUAAACCGUCUAGUGUUCAGCGAAAUAACAACACAAUGUCAAAAACAGGUAGCCUAGUCAAAUAAUGAACAUCCAAUCACAUUAACCGUUACUCUCUCGCGGGAAUUCCACUAACGGUCCGUAUGUAGCCAAACAUAGCUGCUGCUCAUUCCGUUUGUUUGAAAAUGGAUAAAUAGUUACAAAAAGUAAGGCCCACGUCCAUAGAGACGCAUACCAGCUCUACUGGUAGUACUGCUACUACCAGCAGUACUACACCUGCACCUGUCGACGACACAAGUUGUUUUGCUUCCACGAGCACAUCCAAUGCUAGCAUCAGUAAUUCUACAUUUGUUGUUAGCCCAGCUAGCAUGGACACUGACAGUUGUGAAUCUGAUACAGCCGAAGAGCUACUGCCCCCUUACCCGGGAAAGCACCGAACAACAGACAGGGACAUUGGACCAUAGAAGAGACGCAAAUAUGAUGAGAACUACACUUAUAUUGGGAGUAGUGCCUUUCCUCAGCCGUAGUGUGUUAUAUGUGCAAAAGUACUAUCUCACAACUCGAUGAAACCUUCACUCUUGCGCAGACAUUUAGAAACAAAACAUGCCAAUUUGAAAAAUAAGCCACAGGAGUUUUUUGAGCGAGAAUUAAGACGACUUUUGAGUAGUAAGACAUGUAUAAAAGCAACAGAUACCAUGAACAACAGAUACUGUCUUAUAUGGUGAACUACCGAGUGGCUAGGACAGGCAAGCCACAUACUAUCGUGGAGGACUUAAUUCUACCUGCUGCCGUGGAUAUGGCUGGUACAAUCCUGGGGGAAAGGCCAAAAAAAUGACACCUUCAUCAAACAACACUGUUUCACAACGCAUCAGUUUUUACAACAUGCAGAAGUGCGCUGGUUAUGAAGGGGCAAAGUAUUGACAUGAUUUUUUGAAUUGAGAGACAAGCUUAAAGUUUUCUUUACUGACCACCAUUUUCACUUGUCUGACCACUUGCAUGAUGACGAGUUUCUCACACGACUGGCCUAUCUGGCUCAUGUUUUUUUCUCGCCUGAAUGAUCUGAAUCUAGGAUUACAGGGACCUCCCGCAACUAUAUUCAAUGUGCGGGAUGAAAUUGAGGCUAUGAUUAAGAAGUUGGAGCUCUUCUCUGUCUGCAUUAACAAGGACAACACACAAAUCUUUCCAUCAUUGUAUGAUUUUUUUGUGUGCAAAUGAACUCAAGCUUACGGACAACGUCAAAUGUGAUAUAGCGAAGCACCUGAGUGAGUUGGGUGCUCAAUUACACAGGUACUUUCCCGAAACGGCUGUCACAAACAACUGGAUUCAUUAUCUCUUCCAUGCCCUGCCUCCAGUCCACUUACCAAUAUCUGAACAAGAGAGCCUUAUCGAAAUUGCAACAAGCGGUUCUGUGAAAAUUGAAUUGAAUCAGAAGCCACUGACAGAUUUCUGGAUUGGGCUGCGCUCAGAGUAUCCUGCCUUGGCAAAUCGUGCUGUUAAGACACUGAUGCCCUUUGCAACCGCGUACCCAUGUGAGAGUGGAUUCUCGGCCCUCACUAGCAUGAAUAUUAAACACAGGCACAGACUGUGUGUGAAAAAUGAUUUAAGACUGAGACUAAUACAACCCAACAUUGCAGAGUUAUGUGCGUCAUUUAAAGCACACCCUUCUCAUUAACCUGUGGUGAGUUAUUCAUUUUUUUCGAUGAACAAAUAAAGUUGUAUAUGUAAGAUGGCUAAAUAAAGGCUCUGAUCAGGCCCUACACCCAAACAAGGGCACUGCGUUCAUCCACCUCUGGCCUGCUCGCCUCCCUACCACUGAGGAAGUACAGUUCCCGCGCAGCCCAGUCAAAACUGUUCGCUGCUCUGGCCCCCCAAUGGUGGAACAAACUCCCUCACGACGCCAGGACAGCGGAGUCAAUCACCACCUUCCGGAGACACCUGAAACUCCACCUCUUUCAGGAAUACCUAGGAUAGGAUAAAGUACUCCUUCUCACCCCCCCCCCCCCUUAAAAUAAUUAGAUGCACUAUUGUAAAGUGGCUGUUCCACUGGAUGUCUUAAGGUGAACGCACCAAUUUGUAAGUCGCUCUGGAUAAGAGCGUCUGCUAAAUGACUUAAAUGUAAAUGUUAAAUGUAAAGAGUAAAAUGAUUGAUUAUUAUAAUAUUAUUAUUUGUGCCCUGGUCCUGUAAGAGCUCUUUGUCACUUCCCAUGAGCCGGGUUGUGACAAAAACUCACAUUCAUUCUUAUGUUUAAUAAAUGUAUCGUAUAGUAUGUGUAUGGCAGGCUUUAAAUGAUUGCAAAAAACAACAUUUGAGAGUGCGCUGACCCUGGUGCUAGAGGGGGUACACAUCUGGAGGUUGAACGUUUGAAGGGGUACGGGAAUAUAAAAUGUUUGCGAACCACUGCUACAGAGCAAAGGCGAGAUUAGAGGAUUCAUCAAUGCCAAAGUGUCCUACUUUGGAGAUUUGUGGUAGGCUGGUGUGUCAUGGUACAGCCAUAAAGCAUGGGCACAGUGUUAAAAAAACAGAAAGAUAAAGCAUAAAAGGAACGAGCAUUGAUUGAAUUUAGAAUUCAAAUCAAGAAAAAAGAUACAGUUCUUAGCUGUUUAUUUUAUACUGAUGAAACGCCCUCUCUGUCCCUUUUGGGAUGCUGUAAAAAUGCUUGCAAGUGAUUGUUCGGUACCAUGAGAAAUGUAUGUUUUUCAAUGUAUGUUUCAAGACCUGUUUUCAAUCCGUACCUUUACCCCAUUUAAAUUGUCUGCCAGUAGAGCUAAUUGCGUAAUACCGUUGUUUGUUUGGUUCAGUUGUAAUUGUUUGUUCCAAUCAAUGUACAAUAGUUUUGCUAUGGAGCGAUCAAUGUGGAGCUACGCUGUUCUUCUUUGGUAACACUACAACUGCAGUAUGUUUCAGAGAAGGUAUGUGCACUUUCAUCUACUGUGUCUGCUGCACAGUUUCCACCAUAAAAGGGAGUGGUGCCUGGUAGCGAGUUUGCAGCAUGGACACUGUAAAACAAAUGAUGUUGUGGUGUGAUUUCAAAAAGAAAGAAAUCUAUGUACAGUAUACAGUUUCUCUUCACUCAGCAAUGUUGUGCAACCUGGUCUCUGCAGUUCUCUGCAUUGUAAAAACUGCUCUUGUUGUUUGGAUGGUUUGUGUUUUGUAUUUUGCAUUGUUAUUUGUCUAUAAGAAAAUAAAUGGAUCACUGAUCAUGUAGCCUGUCAAA